AAAACCACUCUCCUAUCCCCCAAGCAUACAGAAGCUUGGGGGAAGAGAGGAAGAGUGAUUUUGGAAUAAACUUUGCAUCCGCUGGGUGUGGGAUAAUGGAUGCUACUCGGCCUCCUCGCUCCUUCACGUGUGCGAGUAUGUCUGAACAAAUGAAACAGUUGUUGUCUCUUGAUUUGGAUUUGUCUGAGUCUGUUGUCUUCAUAUCUCUGGGAGGCAACGACUACUUGUUCUCUUUCAAUGGAAAGGCUGCUGAAGAUCCUAAAGGGUUUGCAAAGGAGCUUGUUAGACAACUCAUGCGCAAUCUAAUGUCUCUCUACACAAGGGGAGUCAGAAAAUUCUUGAUCAACAACAUAGGUCCAGUUGGGUGCAUCCCCAACAAAAGAAACCGCACGAGUACAUGUGACGAAGAUUUGAACAAGGCAAUUACAGUGUAUAAUGCUCUCCUCCAUAUAGAACUUAAGGAACUUCCCAAGGAGGCAUCUAUUGUGAUGGCUAAUAGCCAUGAGCUGAUCACUGGAAUUUUUAAAGACCCUGCCAAAUAUGGUUUCAAUGUCACUGAAGAUCACUGUUGCGGAACUUGGGAUGCUGAUAAUAACAUGUACAGCUGUAAUGAGAAGUCUGGCUAUUGUGACGACCGGGAACAUAUUCUAUUCUUUGACGGGGCACAUACCACGGACAAGGCGAACAAGGUUUUUGCCCACAAGUGCUUUGCUGGAAGCAUUUGCCACCAAAUCUUGUAGGGAGGUCUUAAUUGCUUGAAACCUUGCUCAUUUCUGUUUUAAGUACUAGUACUAUGUUUUGUUAUGCUACAUAUUAAACUGUUGUGAUGAGGUUUUUCAGAUUCUAACUAGGAUGCUUAA